CCCGCCCUCGACCUCGUCGUCUUCCUCUCGUCUCUAUCCCAUCCGUCCAACUUGGUGGCCUGCCUGCUGCUCUGCUCUUCCGUCCGUGCGUGCGUGCGUGCGUGCGUGCUGGGAUCGCCAUGGAGGUCCCCGGCCCCGUCGUCGCGCUCACCCCCGGUCAGGUGUCCUUUCUGCUUGGUCUUUUCCCGGUCCUCGUCGCAUGGAUCUACUCCGAGCUCCUGCACUACAAGAAGAAACCUUCGUCGACGCACGGGCCACGGAACAGAUCUACCAAAGCCAAUUUAAUACGGUUUAUAACAAUGGACGAGUCGUUUCUGCUUGAGAACCGUGAUGUGUUGAGAGCCGUGGCCGAAUGUGGCAUUAUGCUGGUUUAUUUUUACAUUUGUGACCGGACAGACAUAUUUCCACAGAGCAACAAGAACUACAGCCGCGACCUGUUUAUGUUUCUGUACAUUCUUCUCAUCAUAGCAUCGACACUUACUUCACUUAAGAAGCACCAGGAUGUAUCUGCAUUUUCUGGAAAGUCCAUACUCUAUCUUAAUCGCCACCAAACUGAGGAAUGGAGAGGCUGGAUGCAGGUCUUAUUUCUGAUGUACCACUAUUUUGGUGCAUCGGAAAUAUACAAUGCAAUUCGUGUUUUCAUUGCUUGCUAUGUUUGGUUGACUGGGUUUGGGAAUUUCUCAUACUACUAUACCAAGAAAGAUUUUAGCAUUGCAAGAUUUGCUCAGAUGAUGUGGAGGCUAAAUUUCUUUGUUGCCUUCUGUUGCAUUGUCCUUGACAAUGAUUUUAUGUUGUAUUAUAUCUGCCCAAUGCACACCCUAUUUACACUCAUGGUGUAUGGGACACUUGGUCUGUUUAACAAGUAUAAUGAGAUACCAUCAGUUAUGGCUAUCAAAAUUGCUUGCUCCUUCUUGAGUGUCAUUUUGAUAUGGGAAGUUCCUGGGGUAUUCAAUGUUUUGUGGAGCCCCUUUACGUUUUUGCUUGGCUAUAAAGACCCAAAUCCUUCCAAGUCACACUUACCAUUGUUGCACGAGUGGCAUUUUCGAUCUGGGCUUGAUCGAUACAUAUGGAUUAUUGGAAUGAUUUAUGCUUAUUUCCACCCUAAUGUGGAAAGAUGGAUGGAGAAGCUGGAAGAAUCUAAGACUAAGGUUAGGAUGUCGAUCAAGGGCACCAUUGUGACUAUUUCUAUCAUGGCGGGCUAUCUAUGGUAUGAAUAUAUCUAUAAGCUGGACAAAAUUACGUACAACAAGUACCAUCCCUACACGUCAUGGAUUCCUAUCACCGUGUAUAUUUGUAUGCGCAAUUGCACCCAACAGUUGAGGGGUGCCUCUCUAGCUCUUUUCACUUGGCUUGGCAAGGUCACGCUUGAGACUUACAUUUCUCAGUUCCACAUCUGGCUCAGGUCUAGCGUACCAAAUGGGCAGCCCAAAUGGCUUCUAUCUUUCAUACCGGAUUACCCAAUGCUUAACUUCAUGCUUACUACAACAAUCUAUAUUUUUCUAUCAUACCGAGUAUUUGAGCUGACAAAAGUACUAAAGGGAGCCUUUAUUCCCAGUAGAGACAACAAUCGCAUGUAUCAAAAUUUUAUUUUUGGGAUUGUCAUUUCUUUAUGUUUGUAUUGUUGCUCACUUAUUCUUCUGAAAAUUCCAGUUGUAUAGGUAAAGUUACAAAUUUGUUGUACAAUAGUCUUCAUAUAUGAGCUCCAUGCCUCCACAUCUAAGCAUUUUUUUAA